UAUAAGCACUUUCAGCUUCAGUUUUCUUCAUCGUUCUCACUUCUCACUCGCUAAAAUGAUUUCUUUGGUUCCCUUGAUCGGUUUCACCCUGCUUUUCAUCCAUGGAGGUUCAACCCUACCUCCGUUUUCGUGUGAUUCAUCGAACCCGGUAACCAAAAACCUCCCAUUUUGCCAAACUGGAUUACCCAUUACUCAAAGAGCCAGGGACCUCGUUUCAAGGCUUACAUUAGAUGAGAAAAUCUCUCAACUCGUUAACUCAGCUCCGGCGAUCCCCCGGCUGGGAAUCCCCGCAUACGAGUGGUGGUCGGAAGCCUUACAUGGCGUCGCCAACGUCGGCCCCGGCGUCAAGUUUGAUGGCACAAUUAAAGCCGCCACUAGCUUCCCUCAAGUCAUCCUCACUGCCGCUUCCUUCGAUCCAUAUCAAUGGUACCGCAUUGGACUAGCGAUUGGAAGAGAAGCGAGAGCGAUGUAUAAUGCAGGGGAGGCGAAUGGGAUGACAUUUUGGGCACCAAAUAUUAACAUAUUUAGGGACCCAAGGUGGGGGAGAGGGCAAGAAACACCGGGGGAAGAUCCCUUGGUUGUCGGGAAAUAUGCGGUGUCGUACGUGAGAGGUGUUCAAGGUGAUACUUUUCAUGGCGGGAAACUCCAUGGCCACCUGCAAGCUUCAGCUUGUUGUAAGCAUUUUACAGCUUAUGAUUUGGAUAAUUGGAAGGGUACGAACCGAUUUGUCUUUGAUGCUCGUGUAAGUGUGCAAGAUUUAGCCGACACAUACCAACCGCCUUUCGAGAGCUGUGUACGAGAUGGUCGAGCCAGUGGCGUAAUGUGUGCUUACAAUAGAGUUAAUGGAGUCCCGAGCUGCGCGGAUUCCAUCCUUUUGUUGAAGACUGUGAGAGGCGAAUGGGAUUUCAAAGGGUAUAUAACAUCGGACUGUGAUGCGGUUGCGCUCAUCCAUGAUGGUCAAGGAUACGCCAAGGCUCCUGAAGAUGCAGUGGUCGAUGUUCUCAAAGCUGGCAUGGAUGUCGACUGUGGAUCCUAUUUGCAGAAUUAUACCAAAUCUGCACUUCUGCAGAAAAAACUGCCUGAAUCUCAAAUAGAUCGAGCUCUCCAUAAUCUAUUUGCUGUUAGAAUGAGGUUAGGUCUUUUCGAUGGAAAUCCUGAGCAACUUCCUUUCAGCAAUAUCAGAACGGACCAAAUCUGCUCUCCCGAGCACCAGAUCCUAGCACUUGAAGCUGCUCGAAAUGGCAUUGUCCUUUUAAAGAACGAUGCGAAACUCCUUCCACUUCCGAAAUCUACCAUGUCACUUGCUGUAAUAGGCCCGAAUGCUGAUUCUCCGCAAACACUUAUCGGAAACUAUGCAGGCCCUCCAUGCAAGUCCCUUGCUACUUUGCAAGCCUUGAAGAGCUACGUUAAGAACACUGUUUAUCACCCCGGUUGCGAUAUGGUUUCUUGUUCUACUGCUGCAAUUGAUAAAGCAGUCGACAUUGCAAAACGGGCAGAUUAUGUUGUGUUGAUAAUGGGAUUAGAUCAAACUCAAGAAAGAGAGGCGCUUGAUCGCAUCGAUUUGUUUCUUCCCGGAAGGCAACAAGAACUCAUCACCAGCGUUGCAAAGUCUGCAAAAAGACCGGUUGUCUUAGUGCUUCUUUCUGGAGGUCCUAUUGAUGUAUCUUUCGCUAAGGAUAAUCCGAGAAUCGGUGGCAUUUUGUGGGCCGGUUAUCCCGGAGAAGGUGGGGCUAUUGCACUUGCGGAAAUAAUCUUCGGUGAUCACAAUCCAGGAGGGAGAUUACCCAUAACUUGGUAUCCACAAGAUUUCACCAAAGUACCAAUGACGGACAUGAGGAUGCGACCAGAACCAUUGUCCGACUAUCCCGGACGCACAUACAGAUUCUAUAAAGGAGACAAAGUCUUCGAAUUCGGUUAUGGCCUUAGUUAUUCAAAGUAUUCGUAUACAUUCACCCGUGUGUCCCGAAACAAACUUUAUUUGAACCAUUCUUCAAGUUUACGUGCAAGGGAGACAUCCGAUUCCGUAGGGUACAAGCUAGUUUCGGAGUUGGGCGCCGAAGUCUGUGGUGAAGGGAAGUUAACGGUUCAUGUGGGAGUGAAAAAUCAUGGGGAUUUGGCCGGUAAGCAUCCGGUGUUGCUAUUUGUGAGACAUGGAAACCAUGGAAAUGGGAGGCCAAAGAAGCAAUUGAUUGGAUUUCAAAGUGUGAUUUUAAAUGCAGGGGAAGUGGGUGAAAUUCAGUUUGAAGUUAAGCCUUGUGAGCAUCUAGGUAGAGCUAAUGAAUAUGGUUUAAUGGUAAUGGAAGAAGGGACACAAUUCCUUCUUGUAGGAGAUGAUAAGCAUCCUAUUACCAUCGUAAUUUGAUUCAUGUGUCCAAUAUGUGUCAUUUUCCUUUUUUAUGUUUUUUUUUGUAUAUUUAAAAUUAUGUCCAAAUACGCAUUAAAUAUGUGU